AUGCUGGUGUUAAACGUGCCAGCUCUGAUACUGCAACGAUCUCUGAACGAAAGCAUGUUUACAACAUUUGGCGUAGUGCUAUCUCCAGGAGCCGUAGCUGUAUUGUGGUACGUUCUUGAAAUGGCAAUAGUUGUCUCAUGUCAAAGCCUCGGUGCACUGAUUGGAUGCUUCAUGGUCACUCCUUUGUUACAUACGUACGGCGUAAAAAGCGCGUUGAUGUUGGUGAAUAACAUCCUGCUAUUGCUCGGAUCAUUCUCCAUGGUUCACUGA